CUAGAAUAAGCAUAUGUUUCGGAGGCGCUGUAGUCGCAUCUUUAUUACUUUACAUUGGUGACGUUUCUAGAUGAUUUAUAAGAAUUGUGCUUUUUCGUAAGUGGUACAUACACUUUACGUAAGGAGGUGAUCUGCAGAGAGAUUAUAUUUUUCAGAUCAAAAUGGGAGUGUCCACUUUACUGUACAAUGCUGUUUUCAAACGGACGUCCACCUUCGCUGUUGCCAUCUUAGCCAGUGCUUUCUUCUUUGAACGUGGAUUAGACGUAGCCUGCGAUUCAAUCUUCGAGAACAUCAACAAAGGAAAACUAUGGAAGGAUAUUAAACACAAAUAUGAACAGUAGAGAUCAAUUAUCACCAUCUAGUUUAUAGAACUAUUAUUAAAUUUAAUCGUCAAGCCUGGCAAAUAAGCGUACAUGUUUAUAGUAUCCAAAUAAAAGGACGAUUAUCGAA